CACCUGUCUUUCCACUCUAUCUUCGUUUUUGCAACUGAACUAAAAAGAAAAGCCCUAAAUCUCUACAGUUCAUCCGGUUCCUCUUUUCACAGUGUUAUAAUCACUCCCGCCAUUUCACCCAACUGAAAAUCAGAAGAUCCUGUCCAUUGAUUUCUGCUUGAUCAUCACAAGGUUGAUGGAUUGUAGAGAAGCUGAUGUGUCAAGUCAUCAACCCGAAGAGGAUGUAAAAGUUGAACUUCAGAAAUUGCUUAGGGUGAACAUAGAUGUGGGGCAGGAGAGGGAAAGCCAAAAGGAUUCCACUGUGGAAACUAGCAGUGAAAGUACUGAUAGUGAGCGUGAUUGUCAGACCCCAAGUGUUUUUUCCAUUGAUAAAAGUAUGGGGGAUAUUAAUAAUGAGGAGUGUCAGACUCUACGAGUUUCCUCUUCCAACAAGUGUGAGAUGGAUGUUGAUGGUGAGCAGGAAUCUCAAAGUCCAAGAGUUCCCUCUAUGACUGCAUCUGGGGCAGGGAUACUUGUAAAAGAUGAGGAAGUUACAUUUGUGAUACCGAAAGUUGGCAUGGAGUUUGAAUCAGAAGAUCAUGCAUACAAAUGUUACAGUAGAUAUGCUGUGUUGGAGGGAUUCAGCAUCAGGAAAGAUUUUGUGAAUAAAAGUAGGAUAAAUGGUGCCGUUGUGUCCAGGAGAUACACUUGUUAUAGACAAGGUUAUCGGCCAGCGAAGCAUAAUGUGAAUGUCAGGAAGUCUCAGCAGGAAACAAGGACAGGUUGCUUGGCACAUAUGACUAUUGCACGACAGCCUAAUGGAAGGUUCCGUGUUACCCAUUUUGAAACAAAACACAAUCAUGAGUUUGUGACACAAAGUACAACUCACAUGUUACCUUCGCAGAAGAGAUUAACCUUUGCUCAAGCAGUUGAAGCUGACUUAAUUAAUAGUUCUAGGAUGGAUGGAAAACCAAAACUUGGAAUGGGGUUUGACUCAGAAGAUCAUGCAUAUGAGUUUUAUAAUGCAUAUGCUGGACAGGUAGGUUUUAGUGUUCGAAAAGAUUAUGUAAAUAGGAGCAAAAUAGAUGGUGCUGUGGCAUCUAGGAGGUUUACUUGCUUUAGGGAAGGUUAUCGGCAAAAAGACAAGCGGGAUUUGAAUGUGAAGAGAUCUCGAAAGGAAACCAGAAUUGGUUGUUUGGCACAAUUGGUGAUUUCUCGUCAAUCUGAUGGUAAAUAUCGUGUUACGCAUUUUGAAGAAAAGCACAAUCAUGACCUUGUCGCUGCAUGUCGAGUGCGCAUGUUAAGAUCACAAAAGAGGUUAGCUGUGUCCCAAGUUGCUGAAGGAAACGUACAAAAUGUGUUUACAAUACAGCCAAAAUCAACCUUUGAGUUACCACACAACGCAGUUGGAGACGAGCAUGGAUAUAAUCCCAUAGAUUACAAAAGUAAACUUUCUUUUAAACAUACAAGAGAAAUGAAAGAGGGUGAAGUAGAAAGGAUACAGCAAUAUUUUCGAAGCAAGCAAUUGAAAAAUCCAUCUUUCAUCUAUGUUAUGCAACUUGAUGCUGAAGAUCAAAUAACUAAUAUAUUUUGGGCUGAUUCAAAGAUGGUAGUGGAUUAUAGUGACUUCGGCGAUGUGGUUUGCUUUGAUACAACCUACAAAGUUGUCAAAGAUGGUCGACCAUUUUCACCUUUCAUUGGGGUGAACCAUCAUAAGCAAAUGGUGAUCUUUGGUGGUGCAAUAUUGUAUGAUGACACUGUCGAGUCUUUCAAGUGGUUGUUUCAAACUUUCGUAGAGGUGAUGUCUAGGAAAAGGCCAAAAACAAUCCUCACCGAUCAAGAUGCAGUACUGGCUGAAGCGAUUGCUUUCGCAUUGCCUGGAACACUUCAUCGAAUAUGUGUUUGGCACAUGUACCAAAAGGCUCUUAAACAGCUACACCACAUGUUUGUGAGCUCAGAUUGCUUUAAAAAUGAUUUAUGUAGUUGCUUCUUUGAUCACGAGGAGGAAGAGGACUUCAUCCAUGCAUGGAAGGUUAUGCUGGAUGUUUAUGGUCUCUGGGAAAAUGAGUGGUUGAAUGAGAUAUUUAAAGAUAGAGAGAAGUGGGCCACAGCAUACAGAAGGCAUAUAUUUUGCGCUGAUAUAAGAAGGGCACAACUAUGUGAAUGUUUUACUGCUAACUUGAGGAAGUAUCUAAAGUCUGACUCGGAUGUGCUAUUAUUUUUCAAGCAACUUGGGAAAAUGGUGAAUGAUUGGCACUACAAAGAAUUAGAAGCUAAUUAUGAUAUGAACCAACAAAUGCCAAAACUAAUGGGGGAUGUGAUUCUCUUGAAGCAUGCAAGGGAUGUUUACACACCAAAGAUAUUUGAACUGUUUCAACAAGAAUAUGAAGCAUGUCUGAAUAUUGUCAUUAACCAGUGCACUGGGAGUGGCUCAUUGUUUGAGUAUAAAGUGAGCUUCUAUGGUCAACUACGAGAGUAUACAGUGAUUUAUAACUUGUCUGAUGAGACAGUUAUGUGCAGCUGUAUGAAAUUUGAGUAUAUGGGAGUUUUGUGCAGUCAUGCAUUAAAAGUGCUUGACUAUAGAAAUAUCAAAAUUCUACCCGACCAUUAUAUCUUAAAGAGGUGGACAAGAGAUGCAAGGGUUUGAAAUUCUAUACAUAGUUGGGUGUAUCACAUGACAUCGACUGCGAGUUGGCUUAUGGGAGCUGAUGUUAAGAUCUCUGAUUUUAAAAGAUGGGAUGUUAGCAAUGGAUUCUGCACGUGAGGAAGCAUUUUUCGAUUUGCUCCUUAAACAGAUUCAUAUAAAGAGAGAGCAGUAAGGUCUUGAAUUGAGAGAAUGAGAUUUGUGACUUUUCUUUGCCAGUAAUCCAUUGGAGUCGAUGUUCUUGGUUGAAGGCUUUUGAGAAGGUUGGGAGAGUUUGCUCUGGACUGUGCCGGGUGUGGAACUUCUUCCUGCCUUCGGUGACUGAGGUUGUGUCAGUGGAACCUGUAAGAGAGGAGGAGAAUCAAAAGAAGAAAAAUUGCAUCAAUUUACCUUCUGAGCCGAAUGACAAAACUAGGGAAGGCAUACUUUACAGAUAAGUUUUAUGUCAAUGCGGUGGAAAUAUAUGAAGCGGAAUGCUCUC